AUGUCGUUGAACCAACGAAUCCCAUCACAGAUCUCCAAAAAGGAACCUCAACAUAUUUUCCGUCGCCACAUUAGUGAAUCCUCAUGGACUUUAUGGAAUUGGUAUAGACAUUUACACUGGUAUGGGUUAUUAACCACUGUUAUCAUUCCAUUAGUUGGGUUGGCAUUCACCGUUAAGACAACUUUCAAUUGGUAUACGGUAAUAUGGUCGUGUUUUUACUAUUGUUUUACUGCAACUUGUGUUAUUGCUGGAUAUCAUAGAUUGUGGGCACAUAGAUCAUUUAUUGCAUCGUAUCCGAUUCAGUUUAUUUAUGCAUUUUUCGGUUCAAGUGUUGGUAUAGGCUCUAUUAAAUGGUGGGCUUCAGCUCAUAGAGCUCAUCAUAGAUAUAGUGAUACUGAAAAAGAUCCACAUACUAUUAGAAAAGGUUUGGUAUAUAGUCAUAUUGGUUGGAUGACUUUAAGACCUCAUCCUAAAGUGAGAAACUCUGUGAAGGAAUGCUUAGGUGAUGAUUUGAUCAAUGAUACUUUGAUCGAUUGGCAAGAGAAAAAUUAUAAUGAAUUGUUGAUUUUAACAGGAUUAAUGAUUCCUAGUUUUAUUGCUGGGAUCUUUUGGGAUGAUUACCUUGGUGGAUUAAUCUAUGCAGGUAUUUUAAGAGGUGCAUUGGUACAAAAUUCAACUUUUUUGGUUAACUCAUUAGGUCAUUGUGUGGGGACUCAACCGUUUGAUGAUAAAAAAAGUUGUAGAAACAAUUGGUUUCUAUCAUUCUUAACAUGGGGUGAAGGAAAUAAUAAUUUCCACUAUGAAUUCUCAGCUGAUUUUAGAAAUGGUAUAAAUUGGUUUGAUUUUGACCCUGUCAAGUAUCAUUUAAUCAUUUUAGAAAAACUCAAAUUGGUCAAGAAUUUAUACAGAGCUUCAGAAUCUUCAAUUAGUCAAUGUCUGUUACAAUAUCAACAGAAAUUAAUUGAUAAAAGAAGGGCUAAACUAAACUGGGGUGUUCCAAUCGAUCAACUUCCAAUAAUAUCACCUGAAGAAUUUAGAAAAUGGGCAAACGAUGAAAAACAUAAAAGAGCAUUGAUUGCAGUUGCAGGAAUAGUUCAUGAUGUUACACCAUUUGUUAAUGAUCAUCCAGGUGGUGUGGCAUUGAUAAAGACGUCAAUUGGUAAAGAUGCUACAAGUGCAUUCAACGGUGCAGUUUAUGAUCAUUCAACAGCAGCUCAUAAUUUAUUAGCUACAAUGAGGGUGGCUGUAUUAAGUGGCCGUACUGAGGAAAUUGUUUGGAAACAACAACAACAAGAAAAUAAAGAAGUUCCAUUGAAACAAGACUCAACUGGUCAAAAAAUUGUUAGAGGUGGUGAACAGGCUACUAUUAUUAAAAAGCCUGUUAGAACUGCGGGUGCUGCCUGA